AUGUCUGCAAAUUCUGGAAGUGAGUUGUUUUUCAAAACAUUCUGAUGAAAGAGUUGAGAACAAAAAAAGAACAUUAGCUAAUGCUAAAUUGAGCGCCGCUUUAAAACGGAGUGUCAAUGAAAACAAAAGCAGGUCUGAAAUUUGUGGAGUUUUUUCCGAAAACCCGAAAUUUCAUCCGAAAAUGAGAAAAAUGAAGUAAAACAGAGAAUUUCAGGAUUUUUAAUGACAGCUGUGACCUUAAAUUACCGUUUUGCCCACAAGAAAGCGCGCAUUAUUACACUUUUCUGUGAAUUUCAGUCCCGAUCCUCAAAAACUGGAAGUUCUCAGUCAUUUUUGCAUUUUAUGGGCCGUCUCUGUGCUCAAAAUGACCGCCUUUGUCUGCUGAACAAUCGUGAGGCGUUUUUUGAUUCUGUCAACUGUUUUCUCAAAUCUCCCGAAAGUUCGUUUUUUCAAGCAAAAUUUAAAAAACGAAAUUACUCUUCGAAUUUUCACUUUUACAUGAGCACUCUGUGAUCAUUUUGUAGCUAUCGGUCAUAUGAACAAACGUGAAGCAAAAUUUUUGAAGGAAAACUGCAUAAUCCCAAAAACUCGGGAUAACAUCACUUUCAGUUGAAAAACCGUAUCCCGUAAAUCGACACUGAGAGCCGCACGCAAAAAAGCGCGCGAAUAAUUUUUAAAACCGAUGGGGAAACAGUGAGUAUGUUGGAGUCACACUACAUGAAUGCAACAACAUUUGCGCUGAUAAGAGAAAAUUAUCAUCAUUCGGCUCCGGAAUGUGUAUGGCUUCUCCGAUUCGCCCCCUUUCGCUUUUUUCGUUCUUAAAAUAGCGCAAAAGACACAAUUUUGAAGCGGAAAAACCGUUGCGUUCACGUGAUUUGCUACAUCCCCGCCCGAAACGUGUCCGGUUUUCUCAACUCUUUCGUUUCGGUGAUUUCCGUACGUGACAGAAAUGAUUUGGCAUGUCUGCAGUCUCUUUUAUCAGCGCUCACUCUUGCCGGAAUGCACUGGUUUCGUGGCCUUUUCCAAAAUUAUUUAUCACUGACCAGUGUAUUCUUCGCACAAAAAUUGACUUCCAUGUCUAUCAAAAAUAUAAAUGAGUUGUGUACAUCCAAAAGACGACAAAGUCGAACUCCAAAAAACCAAGCGGUCUUUGUCUCCGCCCACCUCGUGAGAUCGCGAGGAACAGUAGUAGAUUCAUCAGCGGCGUCGUCGUCGUCUUCGUCGUUCGCAUGUCCCCCGUUCAUCCACAAAUUUCAACGAGAUGAUGGUUUCACGUGCAGAUUUGCCCACGUCUUCUUCCUCUUCUUCGGAACAGAGGACGACUCACGGACCCCUCGAAUCAUUUGCACCGGAGUUUACUCACAAAGCAGGCACGAUUGCUUCUCUAUCUAUUUUCGGGACUCCUUUGGACCAAGGUAACAGUUUUUCGGUAGUUUAGGUAGCUGGAAUAUACAUGGGUUCACCUUUUGUUUGUUUUUCUUAAUUGCAUUUUUUUUAACCGUUCGUGCUGCAAUCGUUAACAUUACAAUAGACAAGUGUACUUUAUUCUAUUUUUGCGGUGAUUUUCAUGUGUCUCGUGGUUGUGUGUUUGCCAUCGAUCGAUUUGUAUUAUGAAAAACGUAUUGAAAAGUGAUGUCACCCGUCCCUCGGGGGGUAAGUCGACUCAAAAUUUCACGUGUGUUCUGUCGGCGAUAAUUGCUAGUUUCUCUGCUUUUCUCGCUCACUCUCGAUUUUCAGUGCUUUUCCUCUCUUGACCCAUGUAUAUUCCCUCCAAUUCCAUUAAUUCGUUACGAGUAAUCAACGCAUGAGUUGUUUUUGUUUCUUGCAAAAGCGGCAGUUGCUGGCGCGCGCUCGCGUUUUCUACGUUCCCGACGUCCAAUUGUCCAGUUGUUCGAACAACUGGACGGCGCUGCUUCGUUUGUUCGAAACUUAGUUCAAAAACGAAUUGUUGCAGAGUGCCAGCCCAUCCCGGUGGUGCCACGGAGUAGUAGCAGCGACGAGCUUCGUGUUUGGCGAGUGACCAGUUCGGGUUUGGUAGAAGUCGACGCAAAUACAAUGGGUGCAUUCCUCGACAAACCGAAGACCGAGAAGACGAACAUCUGCGGAGAGGGAAAUGUGAGAAUUGGGAGUGGGCGUGUGCUGAAAGUCAUCACUUGUUUUCAGGGCGUCAGUUACGGAAUGUCGUCGAUGCAAGGCUGGAGGAAAUGCAUGGAGGAUGCUCACAUCGCCGAGACCGUAAUGUCACACGCCGCCCCCUACAAGGACUGGUCAUUCUUUGCCGUUUUCGACGGUCAUGCCGGUCCAAACAUUGCCACACGAGCUUCGCUGCAGCUGCUCGAGCACCUCAUCUCGGGCGAAGAAUUCCGUGAGAUGACAAAGUCGCUGGAGGAAAACAACGGAGUGCUCACUGAUGCCACGCUCAAGCUGCUCGAAACGGGCAUCAAGAAGGGCUUCCUCAGCUUCGAUGAGACGAGCAAGACCAGUCCGGACGGCGUGAGUUUCCCCGCAAGUUCUUUUAGGAAUUUAUGAAAUCUUUGUGAUUACAGAACAAAGGCGGAUGCACCGCUGUGUGUGCCAUCAUCACUCCAACGCACAUCAUCAUCGGAAACCUCGGUCAGACUAUUCUAAAGCGACAAUUUUAAAUGCUUUGUUUACAGGUGACUCGCGUGCUGUCAUCUGCGGAAAGGGCAACCAAGUGUUCGGCACAGAAGAUCACAAACCUUACCUGGAAAAGGAGAGAAAGCGCAUCGAAGAUGCCGGCGGCUCCGUGAUGAUUCAGAGAAUAAACGGAGCUCUGGCAGUGAGCAGAGCGUUCGGAGACUACGAUUACAAAGAGCAUCCGUUGCUCUCAGCUGACCAGCAGCUCGUGUCCCCGGAGCCAGACGUCUACAUUCGCAAGAGAGACAAGGAGAACGACGAGUUCAUGGUCGUCGCCUGCGACGGAAUAUAUGAUGUGAUGACGAACGAAGAGCUCGCCUCAUUCGUCGGAGACCGCCUGCUCGUGCAGUCUGAUUUGAGACAGGUACAUUUUUGACAAAAUCAAUGCAAAUUAAACUUCUUUCCAGGUUUGCGACGAUGUCCUCGACGAGUGUCUGAUGAAAGGAAGUCGGGACAACAUGACGAUGGUAAUGGUGUGCUUCCCGGCUGCACCGACCGUCAAUGCUCAUCGCAAGGAAGCCGAGGAGGCAUGGGUCGCCAGAGUGAAAGCGAACAUCAAUCAGACGAUCGAAGAAGCCGUCGCAUCGCCUGACUUCCAGAAAGAAGACGACGUGAUCAGUCUGAAGAGCAUUCUGGACAAAGUGUCAGCGGCCGGACUCUUCCCGACCGAUCUUCGUGUUCCGGCACACACUGUCACCACAUUGGCGCAGAAAAUUCUCGCUGAACGCGAUAUCAAGCACGUGUAAUCUCCCUUACUUCUCGCUUCAUUAUAUAUAAAGUACAGUUUCUCAUUCUGCUCCUCAUCCUCCUCCCGUUGCGUUUAUUCCUCCAAUUUCCCCUCUUUUGAAUCAUCCAUUUUAUCCAAAUCAUUGUUUUAUUUCCAAAAACAGAACCUGUGCCAAUAACCCUUUUUCCUCCAUCGUUUCUCUUAAAAUUCACCCUUUCUACAGCUAAGCAUGCCCCCUGAGUUAUAAUGUUUUAUCCCUCAACACUCGCGGUUUCAAAACCACUACCCCACAAUUGCGAAUCGUUCGUAUUUUACCCAGCAAUCAACCACCAAACCAACAAAUUUCUGUUAUUUAUGUCAAUUCGAACCAAAAUAUUAUUUACGGAUUCAUCAUUUUCAUUUGUAUGAUUUACUAGUUAAUUGAAUAGAAUGAAAAAGAAAAAUGAUGUGUCUGUCAUAUGCAGCGCCGUCCCCCUUCUUCUGCUCCCCUUCGCCUCAUUCGUGCCCAACAUGCGCCUUGCCCUCGUCCUCUCCCUCGUCUCUUCCCUUCAGAUAUUCCAACAGUCCAGCGUCGAUCCGCGACAGUUCGACAGCAUUUGGCAAGUGUCCCUGAUCACUGCCGCUUUCCCUACCGGAAAGUUCAUUGCCACGUGUUUCCUAUCGUUUCACGAUGUGAAAUUGCACGCGGAGCUGGACAGAUGUGCCCGGCUGCUGGUGCUUGGCGCCAUCAUUUCCGUGCUUCCCUUUUUCCGAACAGUUUUCUCGUUCUUCGGCCGCUUCAUAAUGGGCUUCUCGGCGGGCAGUGGCUUCGUGUGUGCUCCGGCGGUGCUCCGUCUGGCGGUUCCGGAGAGCAUGCGUCCGGCGAAUUUCCUCUUCCUCGCCGCCGCCUUCUCGAUGGGAACGUUGCUGGCCAACUCGAUGUUCCUGCUCUCCGCCCUUCUUUCGCCCACUUUCUUCGCCGCCGGACUGACCUGUGCGGCCGGGGGACUGUAUCUUGUGCUCCGUCCGGACUAUUAUCCAGUCGAAGAGUGCACGGAGCCCGUUUCGAUCGACGGAGAAGGCGUCGAGCCGACGAAGAGCUCGCAUCCGGUGCUCUUCGUUUUCGUGCUCAUGGUCAUCAAUGUGGUCAGUUUCUGAUAUCAACCAUCCUAGUAACUGGGUUCAGUCCAGUCCCUUCUCUUUUUCAGUCAAUCGGCGUUCCCCUGAUGCAAACCUACAGUACUCUCAUCUUCACCCACUAUGGAAUGUCCGCCACGGCCGCUCUUCUUCUCUCCAUUUCCUACCCGAUCCUUCAGUUUAUUCCAGUCAUAAUAUCGACUCGAAUCAACAUAUCUCGGAAGGUUCUGGUGCUCGGUGGCUAUUUGGUGGCCAUCGAAGUGCAGUUCUUCCUGCUCAUCACCUCGUCGUAUCCAUUCAUUCCAGAAAAGGUUCUCUCUCAUUUCUUGUACCCACCGCAGUCCUUUCCAGCACCAGAUGAUCGCCAUGACGGUCCUUCUACUCGUCCUUUCCGUCUCGUUCAUUAUCCCGUGCAACACUGCUCUCUGCAUUCUCUUCGAGCAGUUCGACGGAGCGAAUGUGAAGACGGCGAGCAAAUCGAGAUGCGUCAUGUGGUUUCUCGCUUCGAUCAGGUAG